AAAGAAACCGAGAAAUUAAUUAAGAGUAAGAUCGAAUGAGUUUGAGUUUGUUUAUAUCGAUCGAUCGAUCGAUAUAUAUCCAUAUAUGUGUAUAUAUCGAUAUAUCGAACAAAGUAUCGAUUAAAUCCUACGAUCCUGUACGAGUUAGGAAGAUCGAAGCGAACGAGUGAACCAGUUUUCACGAUCGACCGCAGACAACCGCAAGCUUCGAGUCCGCGAGAUCGAUCCGCCUGGAUCGUGUUUGCAUCUCGAUCUAUGAUCUACGAAGACCUCGUUGACACCGACGAUUUCUUUCCUUCUUUUUCGUCUUUCUAUUCGUCUUCGUCUUCUCUCACGUCAGGAUGAAAGCAGAAAAAAAAUAUGGAACCUUACUGUUAUUGGUCCUUUUCGAUUUGGCAUCAUCGGCCAUGGUUUUACCAAGACCACCAUCAUCGCCCAAUCAUAUACACGAGGAUCGUGACUUUAACGAGCGAAAAAUUUACGAGGGAGGUAAAUCCGUUCAUGGUUUCUUUCAAAACACUAACGUCGAGAGGCCUGACACGGACAAUAAUUACAGAUUGGUGGAAAUUGAAGUCCAGGGUGCUGGUGAUGUAGAUCCGGAAAAUCUUCAAGGAUUGGUCCAUGCUGUUUUGAAGAAUCAACAAACUAUAGAAUCUUCAAACGAGAGUUAUCCAAAUCCCGAAGUUGUACCGAACUCUAUAUUAGGCGUAAGAAAUAUUGGGAUAUCGUCGAACUUUCGUUUGGAUGGUUACGACGACACGGAGAAAAGAGUAUUAUUGAGCCCACCAAAGUUACACAAUCUCGAUGAAAAAUUGUAUUAUUUGAAAAGUGGUAAACCAAAGGUAUAUGUUAACGUAAGAGGUAACAGUGGUACAUUUAGGAAGAUAGAGACAGGUCCUAGAAGUACCUUGAGCGAAGGUCCAUUGGAUUAUUUAAGAGUAACCAGACCAUUCGAGAGACAAACUGAUUGGAAAACGAAACAUGAGAAGAAAGUAAGACCACCGAAAAAGUUUGAUCGACUUGUACAUGAUCCCGAUGGUUUUGAGGAUUCGAAGAAUUCAUUGAAAAACACGAAAGUUAAUGGAAUCAAGGAACGAGCCUGGGCUCUUGGUUCUGAACAUUUGUCUACAACAGAAAACUCUAUGGUUACAUCGAGCGAAUUACCCAAACAAAUUCCAGCACCGCCUAGCAAAGUACCUAAUAGACUCCUUAUGGCUCAAACUACACCUGUGCAAAGGUAUUCAUUGAGAAGGACCGAUGUUUUACCAAGUUAUAAAGUCUACGAGGAUUGACGAGAUACCUGGGCCAAGACCAUGAAAAGUUGUUGUCCAGGAGUGUUAAUGAAAAUCGUUGUUGUGGACCUCUCAAGCUGAGGGUUAAGGAAUUAGCAGAAACGCCAAAUGAUGAUCACGAUCGAUUAAUUUGUUAUAUAUAUAUGUGUGUGUGUGUGUAUAUAUAUAUAUAUAUAUAUAUAUAUAUAUAUGUACAUAUAUAUAUAUUGUCUUCCAAUAUGUUUUGAUUACGAGUGACAGUGGGAUAAAUUUGGAAUUUUUACAUUGAAAAUUUCUCAAUGAAUCUUAUUCGUCAAUCGUUAGAACAAAUUAUCCAUUCUAAUUAAAUUGUGAAAAUUCAAUGUAAAUUUGUAAAUUAUAUCGACGAGGAACUAGCUGUGAUUUUCGUGCAGAAAAGAAAAAAAAAAGAAAAAUAUAAGUUGUUUCGUAUUUUGUAAAAAAGAAAUAAAAAGGAAAAGAACAAAAACAAAA